AUGACGUUUCUUGUAUAGAAGAAGCAUCGAAAAAAGCGCUGUCACAAAUUUUGUUGGUCAUCUUUAUUCGUAAAACAUAGUGUAAUUCUUUAUAGUUUCUUACUAUAUAACAUCGCUUCUAUACAUAGAUAAACCUUAACAAAAUGACUAUGGAGCAAGUGCGCACUGUGCCCAAAGGUGGUUUCAAUUUCGACAACUGCAAAAGAAAUGAAAUGCUAUUGGGUUCCGGUUUUCAGCAACCAAAAACAGUGAAGACUGGUACCACAAUUGCUGGCAUCAUAUUUAAGGAUGGUGUAAUAUUGGGAGCAGAUACUCGUGCCACUGAGGGUCCAAUUGUUUCGGAUAAGAACUGUUCCAAAAUUCACUACCUUGCCAAGAAUAUGUACUGUUGCGGCGCUGGCACAGCAGCUGAUACUGAAAUGACAACGGAUUUGAUUGCUUCCCAAUUGGAAAUGCAUCGUUUAAAUACCGGUCGUCAAGUGCCUGUGGUCGCAGCUAACACAUUGCUGAAGCAAUUUUUAUUCCGCUAUCAGGGACACAUUAGCGCUGCUUUAGUGCUUGGCGGUGUAGACAAGACAGGCUCAUACAUCUAUUGUAUACAUCCGCAUGGUUCAACUGAUAAAUUACCAUACGCAACAAUGGGCUCGGGUAGUUUGGCUGCCAUGUCUGUUUUUGAGUCGCGUUGGAAGCCAGAUAUGACCGAAGAGGAAGGUAAACUAUUAGUACGUGAUGCUAUUGCGGCUGGUGUCUUCAAUGAUUUGGGUUCCGGUUCGAAUAUCGAUUUAUGUGUUAUUCGCAAGGAUUCAGUUGAUUACUUGCGCAAUUAUGAAUUAGCCAACUUGAAGGGCAAGCGACAUGGUGACUAUCGGUUUAAGCCAGGCACAACUGAGUUGGUUGGCAAGGAGGAGGUAAUCGCAGUCGUACCUUUCGAGGCUUUCCAUAAAAAAUUACUGACUGAUGAAACCGGUGAAGCAAUGGAAGUUGGUGCUUAAAAUUUUAUAAUGUCAUAGUUUGCAUAAAAAAUUUAAAUUUUGCUUUUUUGAAAAUAAAUACAAUAGUUUUUAAAUAUA